AUGAAUAAGAAAGUGUCUCAACAUUUCAAAUCUGUAUGGGGUUAUUUUCCCGAUGAAUUAACAAAUGAUGGAAACUAUAAUUUUUUAUUUAACGGUCAACAUUUCAAACAGUAUUGUACUAAUAAUAGUUGUGAUAGUAAUCUCGAACAAAUUAAUUCUGCAUGUUUAUAUUUGUUUAAUGCAUUCUUUGGGGAUUUUAAUUCGUAUACUGAUAAUGCAAAAAAAAAAAUCGAUAUUGUUUAUUACAUUAUUAUAUGGUUAAGUUAUAUGUUAAGCCUAAAAAAAGAAAAUGAAAUCAAUAAAUUAAACGACUUCUAUACUAAGCAUAUAGAAAAAAAUGAGCAUUAUAAUAAAAAAAUACAAAGUGUUCGUGAUUAUGAAUGUUAUAAGGAACUCAUAAAUAAGAAAAAGGAUUUGUUGAAUAUGGAUAAUUAUAUUAUAUCUAAUUUUUAUAAAGCGUUUAAAUUAUUAUGUGAAAUGUAUUCAGAAUAUGGUGAAAACACGUUAAAUUGCAAAAAAUGUUCGAACAAAGCUAUUCAAUUUGUUGAAAAAUAUAAAGAACUUAAUGGAGAUUCUAAUAAUAAUGAUAGCAGUCCAUAUAAAAAAAUAUUGUCUACACUAUCAAAUGAUUAUGAUAAUUUAAAAAAUGAAUGUAAAGAUGCUAAAGAUAGCAAUUUUCCAGCCCUUAAAGAGAUAAGUACACCACAAGAUACUAUAGAAAGUAUUGGACAAACUACUGAACAAAUUGGGCAAACUGAACAAAAGUCUGAUGUUACAUCAUCAAGUUCGUCGAUAGUAAGCAAAUUAAUUCCAGUUGUAUCGAUAUUUGUUGCAAUAUCAUUUUUUUUAGGAAUUUCUUAUAAGUAUUCGUUAUUUGGAUUUCGGAAACGAUCUCAAAAACAUUUAAGAGAAAAGUUAAAAAAAUAA